AUGAUGUUCUUUGCGGCAGCUUUUUUAGCAGCUUGGAGCCUGGUGACAGCCACCUGCGCUGGUGAGUGCCCUUCAGGUGGUGAGGAAGAUGCAGUUGAAAUGCUUCAGGCGCAUUUGACGCACGAGGGACGCCUCCACGAAGAUGCUGAGAUCCGUGGCGCGGGACUCACGGACGAUCCUCUCUGUGAAAUUCUGCGGAACGCCACGUGGCCCACCGGACGAGUGCUGUGCGGUGAUGCUCAGAUGCAAACCUAUGGCUGGGACGUCUACAAUCAGGAGUGCGCUGGAUUGACUCCGCGCUUCCUCCUGGAGCCACAGACCGUUCAGGAUGUCCAGACGGCUGUGAAGUUUGCGCGAGAACAUCAAGUGAACAUCUCCUUUCGUGGAUCUGGCCACACCUACGACUGCGUUGCCUUCAAAGCGGGAUCCCUCAACAUCGACUUGCGAACCUUGGGCUCCAACGUAACCAUCAGCUACAGUGGCGGCUCGGCAACAGCGAAGAUGGAGCCGGGGGUGAAUUUUGCCAAGAUGUUCGCCACCUUGCCCUCGACCCUGUCGUUUACACAUGGGACAUGUGAAUCCGUUGGAGUGAUGGGAUAUACUCUACAUGGUGGAUGGGGUGCUACCACCAGCACCUGGGCCAAUGAGUCCAUUGUGGAGAUCGAGGUGAUCACGGCAGAUGGGGAGCUUCGCACUUUGAACGCUGCGAACCAAGGGAACGAAGCGAAACUUUGGGAUGCCAUGCAUGUGGCGGCAUCCAGCUUUGGCAUCGUGACCAACUUGACAAUCCAACUCUUCAACCAUUCAGAGAGAUCCUUUUGGUUUCUGCCUGUGCUGAAUAGCUUCGACUACCUGCUCUCUGUUUUGCCUGAUGAAACCAGUUUCGGAUGGAUUGGACUGGCCCGAUGGGAUUCGGUGUUCUAUCAGAAGAACACGAUCUUGGGGUCUGGCUGGUUCUUGCAAAUUGUGUUGAAGGACGAUAGCAUGUGGACCAAAGCCAAAGCCGUGGCGUGGAUUAUGUCCAAGCUCAUCAUCAUUGGGAUUACGUACCAGUCUCCUUACAGCUUCCCCAGCAGUGCUGAAACCUGGGACUUGGGGCGCUAUCCCUUCCAGACUGCUUCAGUCUUCACGCGCUUCUAUCCUCGCACAGAGAUUCGGGGCGCCGCCAAGCUCCUGGAAGGGUUCUUCGCACAGCACGCCGCGGACUGCCGCUAUAACUUGGGACCCAUCCAGGGAACAGCGCCACGACUCCCACUGGUGACGGUGGAAUGCAACACGCCGAGCUCUGCCGAGUUGUUGAAGCAGUUCGUGAAGGAGAACAGCAACGUGCUGCAGCCAAACCGGCCAGGAUCUGGAUAUAUUAACCUGCCAUUGGAUGGUAGCAGUUCCUAUCGGCAGGCGUAUUUUCCACAAUAUGCACAGCUCUCUGCAACCAAAUGCAUUUGGGAUCCCACCGAUUUCUUCUUCCUGGAAAACGGCAUUCAUCCAUCUGGCUGCGAUUCCGCACGUGCUGAGCCUGUGAAGAAGUAG